AUGGGUAGUGGAGCAAGUGCUGAGGACAAGGAAAUGGCCAAAAGGUCCAAAGAGCUGGAAAAGCAGCUACAGGAAGAUGCAGAUAAGGAAGCAAGGACGGUCAAGCUGCUGCUACUAGGUGCUGGCGAAUCAGGAAAGAGCACCAUUGUAAAGCAAAUGAAAAUUCUCCAUCAAGGUGGUUACACCAAGGAAGAACAAAUUGCAUUUAAAGCUAUCAUCUACGGUAACAUCCUGCAGUCUGCACUGGCCCUCAUCAGAGGCAUGGAAAUGCUUGGCAUUAACUACGGAUCACCAGGAUCACAGGAAGAUGGUCAGAAGCUGCAGAACCUAGCAGACUCAACUGAGGAUGGCACAAUGCCCAAGGAGCUGGCAGACGUCAUCAAAAGUCUGUGGAAGGACUCAGGUGUGCAGGCCGCAUACGAGAGAGCAGCCGAGUUUCAGCUCAACGACUCUGCUGGCUAUUACCUGAGUGACAUGGACAGAAUCUGUGGUGCUGAUUACAUCCCAUCAGAACAGGACGUGCUAAGAUCUCGAGUCAAAACCACUGGUAUCAUUGAAGAACAGUUUUCCUGCAAAGAGCUGCACUUUAGGAUGUUCGAUGUGGGGGGCCAAAGGUCAGAGAGGAAGAAAUGGAUCCACUGUUUUGAGGGUGUGACCUGCAUCAUCUUUUGUGGAGCGCUGAGCGCUUAUGACAUGGUGUUAGUAGAGGAUGAAGAAGUGAACCGCAUGCAUGAGAGUCUUCAUCUAUUCAACAGCAUCUGCAACCACAGGUUCUUCGCAAAAACGUCGAUUGUACUUUUUCUCAACAAGAAAGAUCUCUUUGAAGUGAAGAUCCAGAAAGUUCACCUCAGCAUCUGCUUCCCUGAAUAUGACGGGUCAAACACGUAUGAGGAUGCCAGCGUUUACAUCAAGAAGCAGUUUGAGGAGCUGAACAUGAAAAAAGGUGAAAAAGAAAUCUACUCGCACAUGACUUGUGCCACCGACACAAAAAACGUGGAAAUCGUCUUCAAUGCUGUGACAGACAUCAUCAUCAAAGAAAACCUUAAGGAUUGUGGUCUGUUCUAA